AAAACUGGGGCAUUCAAGAAGAACAGGAAGUGAGGAAGAAGGGAAGUAUUAAGUGAAAACAUAAAGUGCGGAAAAACAUUGUGAGAUUUUUAUAUGUAUGUGAGCUACUCAGUGCCAUUUUAUGAGGAACCAAGCGGCCUGUGAGUGAGAGGAGUUUGAAGCUGCAGCAAAGCAACCACAUUCAGAGCAGUUGUUGUUGCCGGAUGACGUUUGGUAAGACAGGAAACGAGACAUGCUGUGAGAUAGAACCAGUGAAGACACAGACUACUCUACCAUUUUAAUCACUCCACAAUAGCAGUAAAUCAGGAGGAAAGCCGGCCAGGUCUCCUAUGAAGGUAUUUGAAUUUGAAUUUUGUUUGAUGCAUCUGUGAGAAGGGACACAAAACUUUUGAGGCAAGUCUGAAAUGGGCACUGAGGAGAAAGAUUUAGAGCCUGCAGCUCAGCAACCAAUGGAGCAGGGAUCACCAGAAAAGGAAAAGGAACCUGCCGUGGGCCAAACUUCGGAGACCACAGACCCCCUCAAUACAUACAAGUGGCAUACCGGCUCCAAGGGAACGCUCAAUGAGAUGAAAGAAGAAGAAGGAGGGGCGGCUUCUUCCACUUCUACAAUCGAUAGGAUUCAGAAGGCCUCCACCAACAAAUGGAACAAGAUGCAAAACUGGCGCAAGGCCCUGAGCGAGGACCCUGGAGACAGAAAUCCACCAAGUGGGAAAGGUGGAGAGGGAGCCAAGCAAGAUAAAGGUGUCGGAGGAACCAGAAAGAACCCCUUCAGAAGGGCCCUGUCUGAGCCUCCUGGGUCAUUGCUUGCAGUCCUGGCCCCUUCCUCCAGUGCUGCCAGCCCAGCUCAUGCAGCUACAUCGUCAGCUGCUGCAGAGGCUUCAGGAGUCUCCUCUACAGACCCUUCACAGAAAGGAAGCGGAGGGGCACUCAUAAAAAAGUACCUGAGGACUGUGUCCCAGAAGUUCAAAAGGCCCAAGCUGCAGAGUCGAUGCAGCACCUCAAACUUACUGUCAGAUGUGGGUGAACCGGCAUCAGCUGUGUCCACCAGCUGUAGCCUCCCAAGACUACAAUGGGCCCCUCCUCAGGAGGUCCCCUUAUGGGACAUUAGCAACUGUUCCCUUGAAGAAGGACAAAUCCUCAUUUCUCCAGAGGAAGAGCCAAUUAUCUGGACCCGAAACCGUGUCAGCAGUUGCCUGUCCAACCUCAGCAUGCAGAACCUCGUGGAUAUCGACACAGAAUGUAGCCCUGACCACACAGGCCUGCCGGGUGGUCCUCGACCAAAGAACCAAGAUGGUGGUGUGAGGGCACUGAUCAAGCGACGUUUCGAGAACAAGGCCAAGAGGAAUAGCAAUAUCCAACUUAAUGCAGGACUAAAAGGAAACAGGCACUAUGGUUCCCGGGAGUCUGUGUCAAUUCCAGUCAGUGUAGUGGGCAGUCUAGAUCUGAGUGCGGACACCAGCACUGUCAUAAGGCCGGUCCACAGCUCCAUUUUGGGGGAGAAGUACUGCUUUGAGGUGAUAAACUCUGAGAACACCCAUUGCUUUGGCUGCUCCUCAGCUGCCGAACGUGACCGCUGGAUUGAAGACCUGAGACGGGUUGCCCAGCCCAAUAAGGAUAACAUCGAGCGCACUGAGAACUCCCUGAGUCUGUGGGUAAAUGAAGCUAAGGAUCUGCCACCUAAACGGUGUUAUUACUGCGAGAUACACCUGGAUGGAACUCUGUUUGCCCGCACUAGCAGCCGAGCAGUCGGCAAGCCGUCGAACCGCUCCAGCCUGGCAGGGGACAACUCUACUGGGUCUUCAGGAGGCCAAGGGGCCAGUGGAGGUGUAGUCGGAGGGUGUCAGUUAUUCUGGGGUGAAUUGUUUGAGCUAGACAACCUUCCCUGCGUCUCCCAAAUCACCCUGCACAUCUUCCGCGAAGAGGACCCAAAGAAAAAGCGUCACUCCCGAGACGAGUCCAGCCUGCACCCACUGGGCAGCGUGGCCAUAUCUUUAGCUGAGAUCCGAGGGAGGACCUAUCAGGAGAAGUGGUAUCCCAUCAUUCCAUACAAGGCAUCAGGCACAGCAGGGAACAAAGAACUGCUGGGCCCACAGGCUUCACUCCGCAUCAAGGCCCGUUUCCAGAAUUUGCAAGUGCUUCCCAUGGAGAAAUACAAAGAGUUUGCUGAAUAUGUGACAGUGGAUUACGUGGAAAUGUGCCAAAACCUGGAGCCACUUCUGAAUGUGAAGGAGAAGGAAGAGCUGGCAGGAGCUCUGGUCCACGUACUUCAGAGCAUUGGCAAAGCUAAGGAGUUCCUCAUUGACUUGGGCAGUGCAGAGGUGGAGCGUCUUGGAGAGAAGGAGGCACUGAUCUUCAGAGAGAACACACUGGCCACUAAAGCCAUAGAUGAUUAUAUGAAGCUGGUUGGCCAGAAGUACCUCAUUGACACACUGGGGGACUUCAUCACCCGUCUCUAUGCCUCGGUGGAGAACUGUGAAGUUGACCCUCGUAAAUGCACUGCGUCUGAACUACCAAACAACCAGAAGCACUUGAUGGAAACCUGUGAGGAGGUUGUGCAAAAGAUUAUUAAGAUCCAUGGACCCUUUCCUGAGGAGUUAAACAAGAUUUUCUCCAGUUGGACGGAGCUGUGUGAAGACCAGGGCAGACCAGAGAUUGGCCAGCGUCUCAUCUCUGCUUCCCUCUUCCUUCGCUUCUUAUGUCCUGCUAUCCUCAGUCCUUCUCUUUUUGGUCUGACACAGCCUUAUCCAGAGCCAAACACCCUGCGUACCCUCACCUUAACAGCCAAAGUCAUCCAGAAUCUGGCCAAUUUCACCCUGUUUGGAGAGAAGGAGGAGUACAUGCUCUUUAUGAACGAAUUCCUGCAACAGCACUGGGAUGGUAUGAGGGGCUUCCUACAAACAGUAUCCAAUUUAGACACCGAAAUCCCAAUGACUUCCUUCGAUGGUUAUGUGGACCUGCCUCUGCGCUUGGCUGUGCUGCAUGGCCUACUGGUAGACAUCAUCUAUCAGAGGAACCAGGAAACAAUUGACAAGCUGGACCCUCUGCCUUCAAUUCUGAAUCAGAUAACAGAGUCGCUGGGCCCUGAAGCACCUCGGAUCAUGGUUAGCAGCCAAAUGGGACAAGCCCGGCCAGCAUACAUUCCUCCUAAAGACUUGGGCAAGUACAGCCCUCACCAAUCAUCCCUCCAGCAGCUUCCCGUAGACUCCAAAGGCCUACGAGACACGGAUGUCAAGCCUCGCAGGAGUAUGAGAGAGAGGAAGCCAGUAGCCCGAACUCAGAGUGCUCCACACAGACGUCCUGGUCAUGCAAAACAUGCCUUGAAGAGGCAAAUAAGUUCCGAAACUCUGCCAACAGCUGACCAUGAACAGGAGAUGGAGACCAACGAGCCACUUAUCUCGUCACCAAAAACUAGCACCACAAUCAAACGUCCACCUGCACCAGUUCCCUGGAUCAAGCCUGACUGCCCCAACAGGGAGCCAAGUGAGAUAAAGACUGAGAAUGAGCAGUUCAGCUUACUGGAUAGGCAUGUUCAAGAGCUAUCAGAGCUUCGUCUGGGAAUAGAGCAGGUGACAGAGCGUGAGCUGGACAUGGCAAAGCGCCUGGAGGACUUCAUUAUCCAAAGCCAGGACCAGAAUGCAGUGCUGCAGGCUGAGGUGCAAGAGCUCCAGAAUCUGCUGGCUUUGCGAGAAGAACAGCUCGCCAGUGCCACCUUCAGGCUGGGUGUGAUUGAGGAGGAGAGGGAGGAAGAUGAGAGGAAGCUAAGUGUUGCCAUUGCAGCAGCUGAGCGAAUGAACGUACUGGAGGAGCAGUUUGCAGAACUGCUGAAGGACCUUAACCAGUUUAAAGAGGCCUACAUAAGUGGCCAAAACAACAUACAGCAUCCCGAAAAGCCACACAUCAACAGCAACUGAACCCUGAUAGUAAAAAGUUUUAAAGUUGCAGCAUCACAAUUUUGUGUAAAUACAUAUAUACGUGUGAAAACCACGGACUGAAGACACAAUUAUGGUUUCCUGAUCAGGUGUACACUUAUUUUAUGAACAUAUUCAGACUGGAUGUGAGUGGGUAAAAUCCAGCUGUGAACAUGAAACCUACAGGAUUUAUCUGCAUUUCAGCUUUUACUGUAUCUCAGUUACAGAUGUGUUUGACUUGUAAACAUUUCUAAUAAAUAAAAGAACUACAAUCUAAA